CCCCCACCCAACCACCACCAUCCACCACCACCCAUCCCUUCGCCCCUCCGGGCUAAUCAUUACAAACAUGAGCACGGUUUGCAUGUGACAGCAGCCUCCGUUCUUCCGACACAUGAGUUGGGGUCGUGGUGGUGUUGGCCACGGUGGUUGUUGAUGCGUGCGUGUAGUCGUGUCUGUGUGUGUGUGUCGGCUGUGCAGGCGAGUGUUAGUGUGUACACAGACAAAGACACACAACUUAUUGGCACACGGACACACACGUGCACAGACACGCAUCUACACAGACAGUAUAUACACAGUCCUGUUAACAGUAUACACGCUGUGCUGCUUACAUACCCACAGACAACAACAACAGGCAGUCAACAACAGCCGCCAUUCACCACUAAGUGUCCGUGACGUCAGCACAGCCGCCUCGUGCCAGGCUAGGUGCACUGUGGGUCGCGUGUGAAGUCUCACGGCACGGACACACACACACGCAUUCACACACACACACGGGAUACACACAGACACACACACACGGCUGUACAUACACACACACGGACACACACACACGGGAUACACACAGACACACACACACGGCUGUACAUACACACAGACACAGACACACACGGCUGUACAUACACACAGACACGCACGCGGACAGGGAGCGGAUAGAGCGGAGAUGAACGCGGAUAGGAGGCGAAAGAAGAGCAAGAUUAGCCACGGAGGAGGAGCAGUGACCCAUUCAGGCACCCCGAAGCAACUCCAACGGAAGCAAAAUGGGAGCCAGCCGGCCACCUCAUCCACCUCGUCGGGGCCCCCCACGGCCUCGCGACGAGCUGACAAUGAGGAGGGGGCAGGGAUGGGACGACGAUGGCUCACCCUCACCGCUGUCGUCACCGUAGCAGCCGUGCUCGCUGCCGUCCUCGCCGUCGCGAUUAUCGUGCUGGGGUGGGCGGAUUCCGGCACGCUCUCCGGGUACCAUGGGAGUGGUGAGAAUGUGGACCCCUCACCCCGCAAAGCGGGCCCCCCAGCCCCCCCCGUGACCUUGGGCCCCGGCGACCCCCAGCCACCACACGAGCCCCCCACGUCGACCCCCCAGGACUCGGCCCCCAAAGCGCAGCCUGCGCCGACGAAGCCUAAAAAGCCGAAGCUCCUCAACAAGUUCGACCGCGCGAUCAAGGAGGAGCUGGACGCCGCGGAGAAGCUCCGCAAGAAGGGCUCCAUGGAUGAGGCGCUCCAGGCCUUCACAGAGCUUGUGCAGACCUACCCCAGCAGCCCGCGCGCUCGCUACGGGAAGGCUCAGGCGGAGGACGACCUGGCGGAGAAGCGGCGCAGCAACGAGCAGCUGAUGCGCGCCAUCGCAACGUACGCGGAGGUGGCCGACCUCCCCGAUGCCCCGGCGGAGCUGGUGCAGCUGGCGCUGAGACGGCAGGCGAACCGGCUGCAGUUCCUGGGCCGCAUGCGCUCGGCCGUGGCGGCGCUGAGGAAGCUGGUGCAGCGGUACCCGGCCGACGUGGCGCUGCAGAACGAGCUGGGGGUCGCCCUGCUCCUGCAGGGAGACAACAAGGGGGCAAAGGUCGUCUACGAGGAGGUUCUGGCCAGAUCUCCGGACGAUGGAUUUGCGAAGGUGCACUUUGGGUUCAUCCUGAAGGCGGAGAACAAGAUUGCUGAGAGCAUCCCCUUCCUGCGGGCAGGUCUGGAGUCCGAGGCCCCAGGAACGAACGACGGCCGCUUCUACUUCCACCUGGGAGACGCUCUGCAGCGCAUGGGGGAGCGCGACGAGGCGUACCGUUGGUACGCACAGGGCCACGAGCAGGGCCACUUCUCCUCCGUGUUCCAGCGCUCGCUCUACAACGUGCGCGGCCUCAAGGCCCAGCCGUGGUGGACGCCGCACGAGACGGGCUACACGGAGCUCGUCAAGGCGCUGGAGCGUGGCUGGCGGGGCAUUCGGGACGAGGCGCUCGCUGCGAUGGACGUCCAGAGCGGCUUCUUCCUCCCCGAGGAGGAGAAUCUGCGCGAGAAGGGCGACUGGGCCCAGUUCACACUGUGGCAGCAAGGCCGGAAGAGCGAGAGCGGCUGCCGGAGGGCGCCCACCACGUGCUCCAUCAUGGAGCGCUUCCCCGAGUCCACGGGCUGCACGCGCGGCCAGGUGAAGUUCUCCGUGAUGCACCCGGGCACACACGUGUGGCCACACACGGGGCCCACAAACUGCCGCCUGCGCCUCCACCUGGGCCUCGUGAUCCCCACGCCGGGGUGCCGCAUCCGCUGUGCCAACGACACGCGCGAGUGGCAGGAGGGCAAGGUGCUGAUCUUCGACGACUCGUUUGAGCACGAGGUGUGGCAGGACGCCAACCGCGCCCGCCUCAUCUUCAUCGUCGACGUGUGGCACCCGCAGCUCACCGCACACCAGCGGCGCACCCUCUCGCCCAUAUGAGCCGGCCACACCGCCGCACCCGCGGUGCUGGUGGGGGGCUGUUCCUGGCCGCACCACCGUGGUGGUGGUGGUGGUGGUGGUGGCGGCUUGGUGCCGGCCGCACCGUUGUGGGUGGUUGGCCUCGGACACACCGUGGUGGUUGGCCCAGCCACACCGCGUGGGUGAUUGGGUACCAGACACACCGCGUGGGUGAUUGGGUACCAGACACACCGCGUGGGUGAUUGGGUACCAGACACACCGCGUGGGUGAUUGGGUACCAGACACACCGCGUGGGUGAUUGGGUACCAGCCACACCGCGUGGGUGAUUGGGUACCAGACACACCGCGUGGGUGAUUGGGUACCAGCCACACCGCGUGGGUGAUUGGGUACCAGCCACACCGCGUGGGUGAUUGGGUACCAGACACACCGCGUGGGUGAUUGGGUACCAGACACACCGCGUGGGUGAUUGGGUACCAGACACACCGCGUGGGUGAUUGGGUACCAGACACACCGCGUGGGUGAUUGGGUACCAGCCACACCGCGGUCGUAGUUGGUGUUUCUGCCACGCCACAGAUUGUUGGAGCCGGCCACACCGCGUGGGUGAUUGAUACCGUAACACACCGGUGGUGGUUGGAUUUUCAUCCACAUCACAUGGGUGAUAUGAGUUUUCUGGCGGCCACACCACGUUGGUAGUUGGUUCCGUUCACACCGCAGUGGUGGUUGGUUCCCACCCGAACACACACACACACACAGAUCCACACCAGUGAGUUCUGCUCCCGAGAUAUGACACAGCGCCGAGACCGGACUACCGAGCCACUCUGCCCAAAUCGACUACGAGUUACGUCUUGCCCCCGCUGGCACAAGCGAGCCAUGCCAGGGACCGUGCCGAACCCAGUGGAGAACCGCCACCCGUACCGUGCCGGCCCCGCGCUGCCACGGCUCGUAUGCGCCGGUGGGAGAACCGCCCGUACCGUCACUUUCGGUCGGUCGAGUGGAUCGCCGGGACGGUUUUUAUUGUGGUGUACGCUCGCUCGCUCGCUCGCGCGCUCGCUCACGGCCUUCGCGGAAACCAACCCGCCAUCCGUACGCUGUCGCCGCGCGAAGGUGUCCCGUCGUCGCCGACGGCGUCGUUUGUAUUGUCGCCGACGGCGUCGUCCCGUUCUGGCACGUGGUGGUGACGUCGCGAGACGCAAACAAGCCCCGCAUGAGGGGCCUCGUCCAAUCGCGGCCGGGCCUCACCGCCGCUGUGGCGUGACGGCCAAUCGUGGCAGCCGCGGCCCCCGACGCAGCGCCGCAGGAGCGGUCGUGACCGUUGUUACGAUUGUUGUUAUCGUCGUCGUCGUCUUUAACGAACGUUCGAUUCUUAAUGAUUAAAUACACGUGCGCGAUGGUCGGUUAUUUAAGGGUUGACGCAAGUUUGACGCCGUCGCUUUUUUUUUGGUUUUGUUUACGGUGACGCAAUGGGGUGCGUGCUGAAGUACGGUUGCUUCACCACACUUCACCACACUUCACCACACUUCACCACGCCAGUCUGUGCGAGCUGGUGAGGGUGGUGGGAAGGGUAGGGGGUGGGGGGGGCGGUGGGUGUCGAGCCGAGGACCGGUUCAGAUUUUUACGGCGUGCGCCACCGAUGUUACCCGUGGGCAUUCGUCAAAGCUCUUUAUUUUGAGGCCGAGUCGACCUAGGAGAAGCCCAGUACCGGUUCCUGGUUGCACCUCGACGCCGAUUUCAGCCGGGGCCACGGAAUCGAACUCGGGUGUCGCCGGAUUGCCUGUCGCGUUGUGCCAACCACCGCGCCACCGCUCCUCUUCCACGCGCGAUUUGCCGAACCAAUAUUCCGCGCGUCCGAUUAGCACGGUCGGCUACGUACGGCGCGAAAUAAGUUCACCGCACGUGGGCGCGACACGUGUGCACGUGGGCGCGACACGUGCGACAUGUGUGCACGUGGGCGCGACACGUGUGCACGUCGGCGCGACACGUGUGCACGUGGGCGCGACACGUGUGCACGUGGGCGCGACACGUGUGCACGUGGGCGCGACACGUGU